AUGGAUGAGAACGGAGGAGACCAAAUGGCCUCCCUGAAGGACUUACUGGAAUACAAUGAAGAGGCAGUGGCUGACCAGGGAAAAUGGAGCAGCACUGCCAGUAACUAUGAGGAUGAGCUGGAAACCAGUCCACCCCAGCGGGUGCAGGCCAUCCUUGGGAGCCAGGAGGACGAGCAGCAUGCUCCCCACAGACUCUUCUGCCAGCUGGCUGAGAUCUGCGUGGCAGAGGGGGAAGCUGCUGAGUGGAAGGAUGCAGCAAGGUGGUUCAGGUUUGAGGAGGACGUGGAAGACGGUGGCGAGCGCUGGAGCAAGCCCUACGUGGCCACACUGUCCCUGCCCAGCCUCUUGCAGCUGAGGAGCUUGAUCAGCAGUGGCACAGUGCUGCUGGACAUUGGGGCCAGUGGCAUGGAAGAGAUUGCAGAUGCCAUCCUGUGCCAGCAGGGACACAGCUCAGGGCUUGAUGAGGAGGCGCUGGCAAGAGUGCGAGAAGUGCUUCUGCUGCAGCAUCAGCAUCGGAUCAGCAAGGAGAGGAAGAGCUGCCUCUGCCUGAGAAUUGCUUCUUGUGCCCAGGCGGAGCUGCGCUUGCUGAAGAGAAUUCCCAGCGGGGCUGAAGCCUGCAGCCUGCUCGUAGGGGAGCUGGGGGCCCUUCAGCAGCCCCUCCUGGCCUUUGUCCGCCUGGCCCAGGCUGUCCUCCUCCCGGGGCUGACCGAAGUGCCCAUCCCAACCAGGUUCCUCUUUGUUUUGCUGGGACCAGCAGGAAGAGCCCAGCAGUACCAUGAGGUCGGCAGGGCCAUGGCUACUCUCAUGAUGGAUGAGGUUUUCCAAGCAGUUGCCUACAAAGGCAAGAAGCCAGGUGACCUGGUGGCUGGCCUGGAGGAGUUCCUGGAGCGGGUGAAGGUCUUGCCAGCAGGCCAGUGGGAUCCCUCCAUCCGGAUCAAGCCCCCGGAAAAGGUCCCUCCCCAGGAGAAAAGGAAGGUGCCAGGAGCUGUGGAGGGCAGCGCUGCGUCGAGCGAGCCGGCGAGACACGCUGGGCCUGAGCUGGAGUGCACAGGAAGGCUCUGUGGAGGUUUCAUCCAGGACGUGAAGCGCAAAGCGCCCUGGUUCUGGAGCGACUUUCGGGAUGCCUUCAGCUUGCAGUGUCUGGCGUCCGUCCUCUUCCUCUACUGUGCCUGCAUGUCCCCUGUCAUCACCUUCGGCGGCCUGCUGGGGGAGGCGACCGAAGGCUACCUACAAGUUGAUGUUUGUUAG